AUGAAAGUCUACAGGUAAGUGUUUAUCAGAAACAAUGAUACAUUUUCAAACUUUCAUUCAGAACUGUUAUUCGAAUUGGAGCAAUUUGUGAUCUCAUAAUUUCUCUUUGCGCAUUUUUAAUUAGUGUGCGAGUUUAUUCAACUGGUGUUUCACUUGUUAUAAUGUUUCACGGAUUUUCAAAAUAUUUUUUGAUCAACCAAAAUCUCAAGCCUUAUGUCUGCUUUUUCAGUAAGUUUUUUUCGUUACAUCCAAUUGUGUCAUUUUUUUUAGUUUACACAUUUGGUGCUCAUGGUUAUCUGUUCAGUCUGUUCGUUAUUAUUUUUUCAUUGUAUUAUCGAGAAAGAAUUGUCACAAACUAUGGAAAUCCAUUGACAGCAUCCAAAGUUAAUUGGAUUUGCUAUAGUUUUUGCUGUAUUGCAAUACCGUAUAUUAUUUUUCUUGCUGUUUCUAAUAUCGUUCCACUAGAACAAAUUGAUGAAUUAAUAAUGCGUGUUAAACCAGAAUUAUAUGGAUCUGGUUGGAUAUAUUAUGCUAUUCUCAAUGUUUCGAAGUUCCCUGAUGUUAUUUCAGAAGGAUUGAUGUUGGUUUUGAAUUUCAUCACAAUAAUUUUCGGAUUGAUUUGUCGAUCCCGAAUCAAUCAAAAACUAUCAUCUCUUCCAAUGAGUGAAGGAAUGAAAAAUAUGCAAAAAUCAUUGAUGAAAGUGAGAAAGAAUUUCACUUGAAUCCCAAAAAUAUUCUCAUUCCAGAUUCUUUUGAUCCAAAUCACAUCUCCAUUGUUUCAAAUUAUUGGUUUGAUUCUUCACAUUGUUUCAACAUUUCAAAAUGAUUUUCAAAGUCCUUUAGUGGAAAAUUUGAUCGAGCUUCCUUUGAUUUCAGUAGCAUCAAUCACUCCAAUUUUUACAAUUUACUAUAUCGCUCCAUAUCGGUAUUGAGAAAUACAAAGUUGAAUAAACACUUUUAUACCUUUUAGAUAUGCUUUCAAACAAUUACUCGGAGUUCACGCCAUUAUCCCAGUUAGCAUCGAUUCAGUAAAUUCGCGUAACUCACAAAUUUGACCUGCAAUCCUUAUUCAAAACUAUUUUCGGAUCCAAGAAGUGAAAAUUUUAAAUUUAGUCACCAUUCAGUUUUAAAUAUAAAUUUACAAACAUUAUAUUUUUCAGAAAUUCUUUCAAGCGUUAUUGUCGAGCAACUAGUGUAUUUCCAGUAAGCAUCGGUUCAAGUACAAUUAAUCAAAUUUGAACAAUAAAAAAUAAUUGUUGCGUUCCUAUUUUUUUUUGAAAAUAAAAUUUGAAAUUAAUUUUUUUUCAAAUGCUCUGCUUUGAUUUAUUACGAUUUUAAUGUAGUCAAAAAUAUUCAAAGAUGUUUGCAAUAUUGCACUACAUACAUGAAAUAAAGGGCAAUAAUUAUAGGGGGAUGUGCGAGGGUGACAUUACCAACUUCCUCCAUCAAACUUUGGCCUAAUUAAUGGGUACAAAAAUUAUGUUCGAGCAUAGUAGAAAUUAUUUUCAUAUUUGAAGAGAACAAAUGUUGGAGCAUUGGUCUGAUGUUUUAUCGCUAUCGUGGAACUCUUUUUUUGGAUUGACAGGAGUCACUUUUAACAUUUUUUUGAUGUAUAUCAUUCAUAAACAUACUCCUGAUUUUAUGAACGUCUACAGGUAUACUUAUCAAAAUACUUAAUAAAAUAAUUUUUGAAAUUAAUUCAGAACUGUUAUUCGGCUUGGUGCAAUUUGUGACCUCACAAUUUCUCUCUGUGCAAUUCUCAAAAGUUCACGAAUAUUUUCAACUGGUACUUCAAUUGUCUUAAUGUUCCACGGAUUUGCAAAAUAUUUCCCAAUCAACCAAAAUCUCAAGCCUUAUGUCUGCUUUUUCAGUAAGAGUUUUAUUUCCAUUUCAUCCGAUUAUGUUAUUUCUUUCAGUUUACACAUUUGGAGCUCAUGGUUAUCUGUUUAGUCUGUUCGUUAUCAUUUUUUCAUUGUAUUAUCGAGAAAGAAUUGUUGUAAACCCUGAAAACCCGAUUACAGCAUCCAAAGUUAAUUGGAUUUGCUAUACUUUUUGCUGUAUUGCAUUACUAUUCACAAUUUAUCUUGCUGUUUCUAAUAUCGUUCCACUAGAACAAAUUGAUGAAUUAAUAAUGCGUGUAAAACCAGAAUUAUAUGGAUCUGGUUGGAUAUAUUAUGCUAUUCUCAAUGUUUCGAAGUUCCCUGAUGUUAUUUCAGAAGGAUUAAUGUUGAUUUUGAAUUUUGUCACAAUAAUUUUCGGCUUGGUUUGUCGAUCCCGAAUCAAUAAAAAACUAGCAUCACUUACAAUGAGUGAAGGAUUAAAAACUAUGCAGAAAUCUUUGAUGAAAGUGAGAAACACUGUUAACUAAAUAUAGAUUAUGAAUAUAAUUCAGAUUCUUUUGAUCCAAAUCACAUCUCCAUUGUUUCAAAUUCUUGGCUUCAUUCUUCACAUUGUUUCAACAUUUCAAAAUGAUUUUCAAAGUCCUUUAGUAGAAAAUUCAGUCGGGCUUCCUCUGAUUUUAUUAGCAUCAGCCACUCCAAUGUUUACAAUUUACUAUAUUGCUCCAUAUCGGUAUUGAGAAACAAAACGUUGAAUGAACACUUAUAUAUUUUCCAGAUAUGCUUUCAAACAAUUACUUGGAGUUCACGCCAUUAUCCCAGUGAGCAUUGAUUUACCAAUCACGCGCAACUCACAAGUUUAA